GUAUGUUUCUUUUUAAAAAAUCUCACCCCUGAAUCGCAUUCACUGCAACUAAUGUAGAACAAAAUUACCAAACAAAAACAAAUUGGAUUCGACAUUUUUGAGAGAAACAAUAAAUAAACAAAAGUAACACAACGAAUUUGUGUUGGCGGUUGAUGGCGAGGUGUGAAAAGUAGGCUUCAACGGCGUUAGAGUAGUUGUGUAUCUUCUUCCUACCUCUGCUCCUCUGUCUCCUCAUUUCUCGAAAAUUUUGCCAGGUUAAGCUUGGAUGAUAGAGACGCUUGACUUUCUCUUAACAUGAGUUCACGAAGACAUCACGGAGUUGAGAACUCCCGUGGUGAAGGAGGGCCAAACUGGAUCCUAAUUGCAGGGGGAGCCUUGUUGAGUACAUUGUCCAUACGCUUUGGGUACAAGUUAAAACAGUCAGUUGACACAAAACCUCAUCCGGAUGGCACUGGUGGAUUAAAACCCAACGGAAGAUCUCGAGGAUGCUGCCUGCAUUCUAGCUCAUCUUCUUGUGAAAGGAAUAAGGAUUGUUGCUUCCAUAACAGUCUGGGAACUGAGAAUGUGGAGGGAAACCAUGCCACUAACGAGCAAAUGGUGGUUCCUAGUAAUUCGCUGCCUCUUGUGACAGUUCCUGCUCCAUCAUACGCCAAAGAGAAUGUAGCCGGGUGGGCUGAUCACAUGAAACAAUACAAUCACCAGUCGACCUGCUCAGAUUCUCCUUGCGUAUCUGAAUCAGGGUCAGACAUAUUCAGCAAGCGAGAAGUAAUCCAGAAACUGAGGCAACAGCUGAAGAGACGAGACGACAUGAUACUCGAAAUGCAGGAGCAGAUCAUAGAGCUACAAAACUCGUUGAACGCGCAGAUGUCACACUCUAGCCAUCUCCAAGCUCAGCUAGACGCAACAAACAGGGAUCUGUUCGAAUCAGAGAGAGAAGUGCAGAGACUGAGAAAGGCAAUCGCUGAUCACUGCGUGGGACAGGCAGGUAGCAACGGCUGGAACGGGGAAGCAAACGGGUUUAUGGACAGCGAAAGCAACUAUGAGUCACCAGAAAAAGGAUCUAAGGAUGGAGAGAGAAUAGAGAUGCUGAGAAAGGAAGUUGGUGAGCUCAAAGAGGUGAUAGAUGGGAAAGAGUAUCUACUUAGAAGCUAUAAAGAACAGAAGAUUGAGCUUUCAGAGAAGGUGAGAGAGCUGCAGCAGAGAUUGGACUCGCAGGUCCCAAACAUUUUGUAGGUUGGAAAGGUGGUUAGUAGGUAUUGUGCAUUCUUUACUAUCUUUUCUUCUCUAGGAGAAACAACAAACAUAAAUGAGUCAUUGCUCUCUCUCUCUCUCUUCUGAAUACAAUUUGUUUUGGUGUAUAAGCUUCGGCUUUGAGCGCCUUUGUCUCUCUCUGGUUUUUUUUAAUCAUCUUUG